UAGCCCCACAGGUAAGAGGAAAAGUAUUUCCGCUUUGGGGGUGAACUGUCCUUUUAAGCUCUGUUGAGCCCUUAACACUCACACACACUAAACACACAUUGUACUCUCUGUUCCAGUUUUAUAAAUUCCACUGUUCUUUCUUUUUCACCUCACCUUCAUGGAGCCUUUCUACCAUCUACCUCCAUCCUCCACUAUCCGUGACCCCCUGUCCCCUCAGCCCUCCCUGAGGAGGCCUGACCUGCAGGCUGUCACCAGCGAGUGGCUGUCCCUCACAAUGGACCCAUCAGCGUCCACUCCAGCUCAUUCCCUCACAACCACCCCUAUACCACCCACACCUCCCCCUCUCCCCGCUGACCUUACACCUUUCCUAAAGGCUCAGGAGUCGAAGCCACCGUCACCUGCGCCGUCCCAAAGAGGCUUCGCCCUGCCGCCUCAGAGGUUUUCUGUAACUCCUCCCUUUAAAGAAGGGAAACUUGGUUUAGGUCACACCCCUGUUGCCCUACCUUUCUCACAACCAGCACCACUACCACUUCCUCCACCUCCACCUCCUCCUCCUCCUCCUCCUCCACCCCCUCUUCCUCAUUCUGCAUUUACCUCUCCACUGCCUGACUUUUCACUGCGAUACAACAGUGGCAAAGCUCCGCCAUUACACAUUUCUAAGCCAGAGAUUGAGAUUUUAUCCUGCACAGUGCCAGAGCCAAUAAAGUCACCCACACAAGUUCCUCUGCGGCACAAGUCAAAUGUGGAAGAUGUCACGCCACAAGCUAUAGACCCUUAUGACGAGCUGUUGUCCAUGAUUCUGGAUGGUUCUACCAGUACAGACGAUGCUGGCUUUUCAAGAUUGUCUCCAAUAGAUUCACCUCCACCUACACUAACCAGUGAAUCCCAGAGCAGGUUUAAACUAAACGAAAAAGAAGAAUCCCAUCAGCCAGCAGUGAAACCCCUAGCAGUUACUCCAGCCAGCGACUCGGCAGGCAGCGUUCGGUUAGAGAUGCCGUUUCACAAGCUUGUGACGAUGGAGCCACUUUCCAUCACCUGGGAGGGGCAGUCAAAAACUCUAAGUGAGCAACCGGUUGAGUCGCAGAGACCACCAUCGGUGAAAGGAAGGGGAUUUACUGAGUUGUUCAUUGAGGAAGAGGAUGAAGUUAGUGAGGACAAAGAGGACAUUAAAGGUUUAAAUGAGAGGCUCAGUCCACAGGCUGAUGUCUCUCCUUCUACUCUGACACGGCUUCCUCACCCCGGCCUCCCCUCACCCUCCACAGCACCACCUCUGACCUCCUUACCUCCUCUGUCCUCUUCUUUUACUUCUUCUUUUACUCCUUUGUCGUCGUCUGUCUCCCGGUCACAACAGCAGGAUCGUACCCCCAUCCCUCCCUCCAUCCCUCCCUCUCCGCCUGUCUCCCCUCGGCCCCCAUCCCUUCCUCGCCUCAUGACAUCGCCGCUACCCGCAGUCUCUCUCUCUCCACCUGUCUCACCCCCUCCCCUCCACCCCUCUUCAGCUGUUCCCUCACAGCGCCCUGUCUCUCACCCUCCAAGCUCUCCCUGUCUUCCUCCUGUCACAUUCUGCACUGGCACAGAGUCGCCUAUUCCUCUUCCUGCUCUGACUCCCCAUAAACCUGCCUCUCCUCCCCUCGCCACUCCACGCUCUCCCCCCACUAUCCCCGCUGUACCCCAUCCAGGACGUAGGUCCCCCAAGGUGAAGGAUCCAGUUGUUGGUGGUAAACCUCCUCGUAGCCCCAUCUUGACUCGGAGGUCCUAUCUGUCCCCCAUUAGAGGUCGAAGGGUAGGGGUGCAUGUCUUCAUUCACCCAUACUCUGACUGUUCUCUUGUCUCUGUGCAGGAAGGAAAUCUUUAGAAAUAACCACAUCAUUCAUGACUCAUCACCACAUAUUCUAUAACAUAUAUACUAAAGUAUAAUGUUUUGGAAACACAGUGUUAAUUUCCUUAACACAGAGAUAAUAGGAGAUACUGCAGUAUUUCUGCUGUGUUUGGUUGGUUUACUUAUUCAGGCCUGUCUGGGUAUGAAAUUAUACCUUAUUUGUAAUGAGUGACAACAUCGGACAAGUCUUUCCUUUUAACCUUAAAUCCUAAACAAGAGCCUCACAAAUACCACACUCCUGUCUUACUGUCUGUUUCUGUCUGUUUCUGUC